AUGACACGAAGCGCUCUGAGCUUUGGGAAGUUUUACAACGUCAUUGAUGGUGAUUGUCGAGACUCCAGCAAAACCACAUUCAGCAUUGAUCCUUCAACGGAAUCCAAGCUAUGGGAUGUGCCCGUGGCAUCUGCCCAAGACGUGGAAGAUGCUGUCCGAUCUGCAAACAAAGCCUUCAAGACAUGGUCCGUCACUUCUUUUGAAGAAAGAGUGAACCAGCUAUCCCAGUGGAGAGAGAUCUACAAGACCUCGAUUGAGGACUUCACCAAGUUGCUCAUGGCAGAGUGCGGAAAGCCGCAUGCUGUGGCGUCCGGCGAGGCGAACGAGAUCUUAGCUCUCUUUGACCACAACCUGCAACUUCGAAUGCCGGAGGAGCGGAUUGAGGACGAUACACGCAUCCAGACGACUCGCUAUGUUCCUGUCGGAGUCGUUGCUGCUAUUUGCCCCUGGAACUUCCCUCUUGUGCUUUCGGUCGGAAAGAUCUUGCCGGCCUUGUUGACUGGAUGUACUAUCAUCGUCAAGCCAUCUCCAUUUACGCCUUACUCGGCACUCAAGAUGGUCGAGCAGGCACAGCAAAUAUUCCCCCGGGGUGUGGUGCAGGCUAUUGGUGGCAGUGAAUCUAUUGGUCCGACACUGGUCAGCCACCCCAAUGUCAACAAGAUCUCGUUCACGGGUUCCAGUGCGACUGGUAAAAGGAUUUUGGCCUCGGCUGCUGGGACAUUGAAGCGUGUUACUCUGGAACUAGGAGGCAAUGACCCAGCGAUCAUAUACCCCGAUGUGGAUAUCGCAAAGACAGCCCCGGAAGUUGUCCAAAGCUGCUUCGUUUUCUCCGGUCAGGUCUGUGUGGCCACGAAGAGAGUUUAUGUGCACGAGAGCAUUUAUAAUCCUUUCCUGGAAGCCAUGGUAAAUGCAGCUUCUCGGAUGGUGGUUGGCCAAGCGGGAAAUGCCAGUACUACAAUGGGUCCCAUGCAAAACCAAAUGCAGUACGAGAAGGUCAAGGAAUUAAUCGCCGACAGCGAAGCGCAAGGCUACAAGUUUGCUCUUCCGCCCCAAACCAUCGGCUCUGGUAAGGGAUUCUACAUCUCACCCAGCAUCGUCGACAACCCACCUCCUAACUCUCGCAUCGUUCUCGAGGAGCAAUUUGGUCCAAUUGUGCCAGUUCUCAAGUGGGGUGAUGAGGCGGAUGUCAUCGCCUGUGCGAACGGAACGAACUCCGGACUUGGAGCUUCUGUUUGGAGUGCCGAUAUUGCUCGAGCGGAGUGUGUUGGUCGGCUCAUGCAGGCUGGAAGUGUGUUCGUGAAUUCCGGGGCGAAAACUACGCCGCGGGCGAUGUUGUCGGGACACAAGGAGAGCGGACUUGGGGGCGAAUGGGGCUCGACGGGGUUCCUUCAGUACUGCAACACUCAGGUCGUGCACAUCUUCAAAUGA